AUGAAUCCCCCUUCGAAUCCCGAGAAUUCCCCACUGACUCCGGAAGCCUUUUCUGGUCAACUGGUCUCGUCUUCCUCCGUUUCGCUGCCCACUCCUCGAUCGACUGCCCUUUCCGCUUCUCUCGCCCAACCCACGACCAGUUUCCCUGUCACCCGUUCGACUAGUCAACCGAAAAUUGAGCCAGACUACCAGAAGACUCUGCCGCAACAGCGCUCGCGACACAUUCCUUGGCUACGGCUUUUCGCGUCCACUCCUUUCUGGUCGAUCCUCAUCUGUCAUGUCUCCUUCAACUGGACCUGGUAUACUCUAGUCACCUGUCUCCCUUUGUACUUGGCCCAAGUGCUCGGCUUCAGUACCAGCGAGGUCAGUUUGGCCGCCUCGCCUGCAUUCUCUAUUUUUCCGCCACAGUCUAUUUGUCUGAUCAACUGCCAGUCCUUCAUCAAUUUAGCGAAAUAUGCUGAAUACAUUUUAUCGUCGUUAUGA